AUGUUGUCACCUCCAAAACGCCAAAAAACACGCCAAAGUGUGGGCGCUAUGGAAUCUGGGUCUCUUGGAUCGCGUAACGAAUCGUACCCUCCGCAUCCAUCUUUCCAAUCUCCAACGAGAUCAAGUUUGGUCAGGUCGCAUUCUGAAAUUGCCGAACGUGCUCUAAGUAGAUCCCCCAUUCGACGACCAGUCAGUCGGGCAGGCCAAGGCCAAGAUGAUAGUACAGGCGAAUCUCGCCCAAGUGCAGUUGGGCUCCGUGAGCGCAAGCCUCUUCGACCUUCACUCAGUGGUUCCAGUCCAUUCAAAGCCUCCCGAUCAGCCGAUGCGCCCGUUUUAUCUCCCAGCAGGCGUCCAAGUGGCGUUAAGUCUUUUUCGAAACUACCUCGCAAGGUUUCCAUGAAAAUUGUACCCUCCGAUUUCACGUUUGGAACCCCGACCAGGAAAAAAAUACAAUCGACAGAACAUUUUUCAAAUACUCCCGAAGCUCAAUUGGCCUUGGAGCUAGACAGCGCAACGCAAGAUGCCGAUUUAGGGCCAUCGCUAGAUUUCGGCUUAGAUGACGGACUCAUGGACGAAGAUCCACUGGAGCCAGAUCUUCCCCCCACUCCAACUCAGCUAGGGCUAGUGAAAGCACCCGAUCGUCGAAUUUCGACACGAUUGAGUAGUAGCCCAAGUACAAGGCAUGAGAAACAUAUGAAACGACGGGCCACCGAUGCGCUUCAAAAAAGCCCUUUAAAAUUAAGAUCCCAGCCGUCGGACCCAGAAGAAAGCUCGGAGGAUGAGAAUAUUUCCCGCGAUGAGCUAUCUGCGGCAGCUUUAGAGAAACGACAAGCGCGAAAGAGUCUGAAGGCAGAAUUACAACGCCUGAGGAAUGACGUUGCAGAGCUGACAAGGUGGGCUGGGAAGAUCGAGUCCAGUGAAGAUAUGGAACGAGAUCCGAAAGAGCUCAAGAAGUUUUUAACGUUACUGUCCGAGGAAUCAUCUUACACUGAUCGUCCAGUGCCGAAGCAAGCCCCGGUGUCAAUAUCAUCGUUUCUUGCCGCCUUCCUCCCAUUCUCCGCUAAUAUUUCUCGCCCUAAACGUCAACCCUCACCUCUACCUACAAACCCAUACGCCUUGAAAGAGUCUACCCAGUCAUCGGAAUAUCUUACCCUGUUUGCCCCUUUGGCCGUCCAUACACAAAUAAGUCAAACAUCAGCCUCUAACUCUCGCAUUAUCUUGGAAACCCAUGUCUUGAAAUUCACAGCACCCUCUCCAUUUCCACUGACUACAUACAACGUGUCUGUCGUAUAUGAAGCAAAUCCCGAGACGCAGACUGUGGUAUCUGUAUCAGUACCUAAUGAUAAUGACAGCAGGAAAAGUAGAAUUCCUCAUGCGCUUUGUCAAUGGAUUGAUUCUAGACUGGCAAAUCCUAUUUUAAAACUCGAUGUGGCCACAUUAUGUUGGGGUAUCAACAGAUAUUGGGAAGCAUCCGUGGCCCGCGCCCAGCUCUGGGCCCGAAUUUCUCAGAAUCACCUCGAUAACGCUUCAUCACGCAGUGCGGAAGCCGCUCCACUGGAUUCUCAGGCUGGAGUUAUGUCGAUAUCUGAGCUUCAAAAAUUAUUGCCACACCUCGAGCGCAGCAAACUUGUUAUCAAGUCCAAGUCAUCCGACGCUCCUGUUGUGCUUUUAUCAAACAUCAUAGCCCUGGAUGAUUGGACCGGUGAGCCACAACUACGAUCUGAACUCAGCAUUUCUACUUCAUCCAAUGGCGGGUCUAGCAAUAAAAUCAACCAGGAGGUGAAGAAAUUGUUCCAUGCUUUGUUACAUGAGGACGGGGCUGCUAUCACGCGAGGUGAGGUUGGAGGCGCUUGUAUCGAUGCAAUUUUCCGAGCAACUGAAGGUGCUCUUGGCGCCUUGUUCGGUGGUACUUGA